CAGCCCGUCAGAACAAUAUUUCGGUUCCACCCGACCUCAACAAAAGCGGGCAGAAGGAGAUAUACGCCGUAGGGACCAUCACGGGAUCCCAUUACUCCGAGAUGGUAACUACCUCGUCCGCCGGUACGGCCACCUGCUCCUUGCUGUCCAUCUAAUUCCCCUGGUCCCAUCGCUCCAUUCCUCUCUGUAUUUUUAUGCCAUUGACACGACAUGUCCUCGUCCACAUCCAAUUCCGCCGCCCGGGGUGGUCGCCUGGAGCAGGCCAUCACCAAUCCAGGAUCCGUCAAGAUCAACGUCAAGGGCGCCUUUAUCGUUGAUGAUGACCCGCGAUCUAAGAGUCCCGUAAGAACGGAUGGAGUUCAUUACGAGGGCCAUGAUAUUCGUCUUCCACAUCACACUGGUCUGGUGAGCCAUGUGGCUGUAGACAUUGGCGGAUCGCUAGCGAAAUUGGUUUACUUCACACGGGAGCUGGACUCUGUCGACAAUGGCGGCCGACUAAACUUCAUUAAUUUCGAAACAUCUCGCAUUGAUCUGUGCAUUGACUUCAUCAAACAACUGAAAGAGGAACACGAGAAGCUCGGCGGGCCAUCCGGAGAUGCUUUAUGUGUAAUGGCUACGGGUGGAGGCGCCUUCAAAUACUACGAUAAGCUCAAGGAAGCACUCAAUGUGGACAUCAUUCGGGAGGACGAGAUGGAGUGCCUUAUUACGGGCCUUGACUUCUUUAUCACUGAGAUUCCGAACGAGGUCUUUACCUACAGUGAAACCGAGCCGAUGCAGUUUGCCGAGGCCCGACCGGAUGUUUACCCGUACCUAUUAGUCAACAUUGGCUCCGGUGUAUCAAUGAUUAAAGUAUCAGGGCCCAAGCAGUUCCAACGUGUGGGCGGCACACACCUCGGUGGUGGUACGUUCUGGGGCAUAAUGUCCUUACUGACCGGUGCCCGCACCUUCGACGACAUGCUGGCAAUGGCGGACCGAGGGGACAAUAGCGGGGUAGACAUGUUGGUUGGUGACAUUUACGGUAUGGAUUACAGCAAAAUCGGCCUCAAAAACACUGCAAUUGCUAGCACGUUUGGCAAGGUCUUCCGUAUGAAGAACCAGACGGAGCCGAAUGACUUGGAUGGGGAAAGUUCUUCCAAUGGCGAAGCCGGCCGAACUAAUGGCGAGCCGAAGUUCCAGCACGAAGACAUGAGUAGGAGCCUACUUUAUGCCAUAAGUAACAACAUUGGGCAAAUUGCCUAUCUGCAGUCCGAAAAGCAUCAAGUGAAGCACAUCUACUUCGGCGGUUCGUUUAUUCGCGGUCAUCGGCAGACCAUGAACACCUUGUCCUACGCCAUCAAAUUCUGGUCAAAGGGCGAGAAGCAAGCCUACUUCCUGCGUCACGAAGGCUAUAUUGGUGCAGUUGGCGUGUUCCUCCGUAGGCAGCCAGCUAAUUGGGGCCGGAGGAACAGCAUCGAUGAGAAAACCAUGCCGCAGGUGGCCAAACUGGUAGCCGAAGCGCAGCAGAAUUCUGAUUCUCAGAACCAAUCAUGAUGAAGAGCCACGACUGCAUGCUUCCGUCAGCAUCAUACUGGGCGAGUCGCGUCCAGUUCCAUCAUUUUGAGCGUUUGAUACCCGUUACUGUGUUAUUCUUGUGCUGCUUAGACCCAACAUAAUCAUGCCCCUCUAAUUCUUGAGGCUGCUCCGUUUGAAGACAUCUUUACCCAUAUACCGGUGCAAUCAUUCAGAUGAAUAACGAUAAGAGCAUGUUGCCCAAUUGUAUAAUUGUUCAGUUUCCUUGUGUUGCAUUAAAUCCAUCUUCUCUUUCGGGCUUUUGUUUUGAAUCCGACCAUCCAUCUGCUGCCCACAAAGGGCAAGGCAAUCGCGCUUGGAUGUCCUUGUUCGGUGCCUAAGUUGGAAGGCUUUGUUAUCCCGUUUGGUAUAGAAGAACAAACCAUCAUAAUAGCAUUUAGACAGAAAGCC